AUGACCGUACAGGUUCAACAGCGCAUGUGCAAGGAUCUUGUGGCUACUAAGAUUGCACCCAAAUCAACAAUCUAUAGAAUCAUCAAGAACUUCAAGGAAAGAGGUUCAAUUCUUGUAAAGAAGGCUUCAGUGUGUCCAAGAAAGUCCAGCAAGUGCCAGGAUUGUCUCCUAAAGAGGAUUCAGCUGCGGGAUCGGAGUGCCACCAGUGCAGAGCCUGCUCAGGAAUGGCAGCAGGAAGGUGAUUCAUGUUUGGAUAUAGAAAUAACGUCCUCAACAUCAAAAGAGCGACUCACAGCACAAACUCUUUCCUGCAUCACCUGUGGAAAGACAUUCAGCUCACAGAGACAUUUAGAGAGACAUGAGAGAAAACACACAGAACAGAAACUCUUCACCAGAUCUGAGAUCAGCUUUACUACCUUACAAGAGAAGAAACUUCAUUCAGAAGACCACAGAGAGAAGAAGAAGAAGAAGAAGAAGCAGUUUCACUGUGAGCAGUGUGGGAGGAUUUUUGUCUCUUCCCAUAAUCUAAAUGUUCACAUGAGGAUACACCGUGAUGAAAAGCCUUUCAACUGCACUGAAUGUGGAAAUUACUUCAGAACCAAACAAUAUCUUAAAGUUCAUCAGAGAGUUCACACAGGAGAAAAACCUUACGAGUGUCCUCACUGUGAGAAGAGAUUUAGCCGUAAACGUGGUCUGAACCGACAUGUGCGUUCACACACCAAUGAGAGACUCUAUCAGUGCAGUGAAUGUGACAAAACCUUUAGGGAUUCACGCUCUUUAAAAAAACACCAGAAUACUCACAUCAAAGAGAAACUCCAUCAGUGUUCACACUGUGAUAAAUGUUACUUUCAUAAAUAUCAGCUGAUAGUCCAUGAGAGAGUUCAUACUGGAGAAAGACCUUAUCACUGUAGUCUCUGUGGGAAGAGUUUUCGUCAAAAAACUACAUUACUAUGUCAUAAGAGAAUUCAUACAGGUGAAAAACCUUACAAAUGCUCUCAGUGUGACAUGACAUAUGCUUAUUCAGGUCACUUCAAAGUCCAUCAGAGAGUUCACACUGGAGAGAAACCUUACGUCUGCUCUCACUGUGGAAAGAGCUUCUCUAGUUCAUCUAAAUUCAGAGUUCAUCAAAGAGUUCAUACUGGAGAGAAACCUUAUCACUGUAGUGUCUGUGGGAAGAGUUUUAGUCAUCAAACUACAUUACUAUGUCACAAGAGACUUCAUACAGGUGAAAAACCUUUUAAAUGCUCUCAGUGUGACAUGACAUUUGCUUAUUCAGGUCACGUCAAAGUCCAUCAGAGAGUUCACACUGGAGAGAAACCUUACGUCUGCUCUCACUGUGGAAAGAGUUUCUCUAGUUCAUCUCAUUUAAGAGAUCAUCAGAGAGUUCAUACUGGAGAGAAACCUUUUCACUGUAGUGUCUGUGGGAAGUGUUUUAGUCAUGGGUCUACAUUACUAAAGCACAUGAGAAUUCAUACAGGUGAAAAACCUUUCAAAUGCUCUCAGUGUGACAUGACGUUUGCUCAGUCAAGUUCCUUAAAAUACCAUCAGAGAGUUCAUACUGGAGAGAAACCUCAUCACUGUAGUGUCUGUGGGAAGAGUUUUAGUCAAGGGUCUUCAUUCCUAAAUCACAAGAGAAUUCAUACAGGUGAAAAACCUUUCAAGACGUUUGCUCAGUCAAGUCACUUACAAGCCCAUCAGAGAGUUCAUAUUGGUGAGAAACUUUAAAGCUGAAGGUAUACUAGGGGGGGUCUGCAUGACGUCAUUUUUGUCAUUAGGAGAAAAUGACCGUACGCGUUCAACAGCGCAUGUGUGAGAACAUAUUGAGACAGAACACCCCACUACAAACAAUUAGGGCGCACUCACACUAUCCAAACCGCGCUCGGGCACGUUUGACCCCCCCAAAGCCUGGUUUGUUUGACUAGUGUGAUUGUUCUGUUCCGCGGAUUGGUUAAUGGCGUCGCGGCUGUGUUGCAGAGGUGGGCGGACUCGGAUCGAUAAAAGUACAGUGUGAGUGCGUGCACCUGGGGGAGUAUGGAGGGUUGACAAUUGCGCUGGGGCAUGGUUUGGUUUGGUUUGGAUAAUGUGAGUGCACCCUUACACAAAGGCAAUAGAAAGCAUUUGCACACACACUAUUGUUUUUUCUUCUUUUUAUUUUCACUUAUUUCAAGAACAGAAAGCUGUGGAGCAUUUUCGUCACCUUAAUGUUUGACUCCUGGUCUUUGUUUUCUUCUUGUUUCUUCUAAACUUUGUUUGCCAUGGUGGAUCCUCUACUUUUCUUCACCUAUCCUGCAUUUUUUCCGUUGCAUAGUACCUCACGGUUUGGUGUCAGUUUACUUUUGGAAGCUUUUUCACUGAGUGAAGUACAUAGUACCCGAUACUUUUUAGGACCACCUCGGUUGGGGUUCCAAGCGACCUGAGCUGAGACCAAACGUGAUGUGAAAACACUGUAGAUCACUGAUUGUUCUGAGAGAAUCGUCACUAUCAGUGUAAUUGCUAUAAUGUAAAAGAUUAGCUUUACCUUAGUGCUAGCUUGCGGUGUCUCGAGCAAACAUGAUGUCAUCUGUGCUCUGCUAUAAGUUCCCAAACUCACUUUAGCGAUGAAAAACAUCUACAGGUUGAGAAUCAAGACGGUUACAGUGGUGUCGUGUAGAGAGUAAAACCGGGGGUUUUGCCUUGCGACGUCAGAGUGUGCGCCGCUAUCCACUGUGUUUGACGUCAAGAUUGUGCGCCACGACUGCUUUGUUGAUGAUUCUGUGCAAUGGCGGACGUAUCUUGCUAAUAAUAACUGUGCCAACAGGGCUUCUAACAUAGAUGCUCAGUUAUCUCACUAUAUUGCGGAACACGAUUUGGGUUAUAUACCCGCCUGCUGGUGUGGCAUGCUCUUGAGUCUAGAGUAGUCUUACGACUGGGUUUUCCGCCCAGCUGGUGCAACUGGCCCUGAGGGUUUAGUUACCCUUUAAUAGUAAAAUAAGAACAAAUAAUCAAAUGAUGAGCAAUAUCGCAUAAAUUCAACAGAAUAAACACACUAAUAAAAUAAAAGUGUGCUGUUCAAGUUUUUCAGAUUAAUCUAACAGUUCUGUAUUUUGGAGGUAAGGUGCCAAGCUGGAAAGAUUGUAUGUGUCUGGGAGCAAACAUACUGUUCAUAACUAUAUACAAUAGUGUUAAUUCAUGUUGUUUUUCAUAUUUUAUUUACACAUUUAUCAUUUUUAUCUCUUUUAUAAACUAUUUUUUAUGUGUCAAACUUGUUUAGUUUAUAUUGUGUGCUGUGUGAUUUUACAUACUGUUUUCAAAGUUUUAAUGUCAUGGGACCACAUUGUCAUAAAUUGUUCAUUUAAGGUCACUGUUCAGAUCAUUUAGUAAAUGCUUUGUUCAUUUUUACAAUGAUUAUGUCUCCUGACUUCUGCUAUAGGCCUAUUAUCUGUGCUGGUAAAUUAAAGUUUACAUAAUUAUCUAGUAUUUUGUCAAGUCUUUUUAUUCUUUCUAGGAAAGUUAAAGGACCUGUUAUUGCAUUGAGAGCAUCUUGACCAGAUACACAGUGUGAUAUGUUAGCACAAUAGAAACUAACUGCAAGAGCUUGUAGAGGGAUAAAGACUGCUGAGAGGAACACCACUAUUUGAGUAUAUGCUGCAUACUUGA